AUGGCAGAGUUGGAAAAAAUAAAAAGUUCACUGAAGAACCUCUCGUUAUCUGUAAAAAAGAUUGUAGAAUGUCCAGUGUGUCUGGACACAAUCCAAAUUCCAUUUAAGAAAUGCAGCAGAGGCCAUCGGGUUUGCAACAGCUGCUGUGAGAAGUUAAAUGACUGCCCAACAUGCAAAGGUCCAUUUACAACAGAGAAUCCUGUGUGUUUAAAAAAGGAAGCCCUUCCUCGUCAGUGCAAGUACCAUGAAGAUGGUUGUCAAGACAUCCUGGAGCCCGGGAGUGACCACGAGGAAUUUUGUGGCUUCAGACCUGCGGAGUGUAGGUAA